GGAGCCCGGGGAUUCCCCGCGCGGGCGGCCCGGGGCGCAGCGCCAUGGGCGGCCGGGGCGCGGGGCGCUGAUGGCGGCUCGCUCGGCAGCCCGCGGCGCCCAGCCGGGGCCGGGGCCGGGGCCGGGGCUGGGGCUGGGGCUGGGACUGGACGAGUUCACCGUCCCGGCGGAGAAGAGCCGCCUCCUGGAGGGGAGCUGGGCUCGCAUCGAGGGCUUGUUCGAGGUGCGGCUGGCGGUGCUGGGGGCGCAGGGGGACUGGCGGCCCAACAUCCCGGGGCCGCCCCCCGCCGCCGCCAGGAUCUGGGUGCAGCUGGCGGGCGCCGGGAAGGCCGUUCGCAACGCCAAGGAGUAUAUUAAGGGACUCUGUGAACCUGAACUAGAAGAAAAGGAGUACUACCCAAAGGACAUGCACUGCAUCUUUGCUGGUGCACAGAGCCUGUUUCUCAACAGUCUUAUUCAGGAUACCUGUGCUGAUAUAACAGUCCUGGAAAUAGGAUUGCUUAGUAUUAAGGGAGGUGCAGAAGCUGUUGUUAUGGCUCAAAGUCAUGUUCAGCAGUUUGUGAAACUUUUUGAGAAUCAUGAAAGCUUUACAACUGACAAUGAAUCGGAGAUUAAAAAGCAAUUCAGACAAUUUGUGGAAGCACGUGCUGAUAAAUACACAAUGGAUUUACUGAUUUUGCCUAGUUCACUAAAAAAAGAACUCCUAGCUCUCACACAAACUGAAUGUUAUGAAGCAGAGAGAGAUAUCAUAGAUCUUACAGGUUCUGACAUCCCAACAGAGCUUUUACAGACCGAAAUCUCCAAAGUAAUCGCUACAGACAGAGAUGGAAGAGCAGGUGGUGAGGAAGCAAGAAACAAUGCUGGGACACCUGUAACUGAGCUUACAAAACAAAUGGACACUGUGUUUUCUGAUUCUCCUGAAACAAGUUUUGUUCCCAUAAAUAUGCCUCUGUUAGAGGCAGUGACAUCUAAAGAAAGGCAGUCAUGUAAAAGAAGAUCUUCUGAUGAUGAGGAAAGGCUCCCUAAAAAGCAAUUCUCUUUGGAAAAUGACCAGGAAGUGAAAUCCACUUCACGCAAUAAUCCCUCAGACAGGAAUGAAGUUAUUGAUCUGCUUUCUGAUAGCUGUAGUGACUCAGAUGAUCCCAGUUAUUGCCUUAAAGAAGGUGAUGAUAUCAGUGAGGAAAUGGAAUAUAAGAUUCUUGUGAACUUUUUCAGAACAAUGGGUUAUUCCCAAAAUAUUGUAGAAAAAGUUAUUGGUAUCCUAGGACAAUCUGUGGAACCCUUAGUGUUACUAGAAGAAAUUGAAAAGGAAAAUGUAAAAUUUCAGAAAGAACAUGAACAGUCAUCUCAAAAGCCCAGAACUGUCAAUCCUCCUUUAGGAAGUAAUGCAAAUAAUUCACAAAAGCUGGAAGACAAAGGCAUUUCUAGAAAUAGAAAUGCACUUAAACCUGGCCAUAAUUCAAAGGAGACAAAAAAUGAGUAUCACAGAGAUAUCAAAAAAGCUGCACCAAGCAUGCAAGCUGAUGCAGAAGAUAAAAUGCAUAUGUUGGUAUGCAAACCUGCCUCUCCUUCCAGUAAAAAUUCUACUGAAUGCCAUAAACAAAGAGAUGUUUAUUGCCCUGGUAGGAAUCACAGUUCAAGGUCAAGUGAUACAGAAACUGAUGGUGGUGUAAUUUUAGGCACCAUACAAGCUGGAGCUCUCAAAGAUGUUGAUUUUGUAGCCAGAGGGAGCUCAGAUGUGCAGUGUAUCUCACCUAAGACUAAAACUGUAGUUCAGCAAAAAUCUGCAAGGCCAUCAGCUCUACAGAAUAAUCAUCCUGUUUUCAAGGACCAAUUAGGACACUGCAGCUCUUCUUAUCAAGUGAGACCUCUCAACCAACGAUCUUCCCAAACCUCAGAUUUUGAAAAUCCUAUCCCAGACCAGGUAUUGUCUUCACAAAUACAUACUUCAAAUCCUGCUGGAGAGACAGUGGGACCACACAGACAUCAUCCUGAUCCUUCAGUUACUGGAGUUCAAAGAUUUCUGGAAUCUCUGAAAAAGCCAUACCGACUGGAGCUGAAAAAUGAACCUGGGAAACCAUAUUUAAAACAUAUCAUUAUUGAUGGAAGUAAUGUUGCAAUUUCUCAUGGUCUUAGGAAAUUCUUCUCCUGUCGAGGAAUUGCAAUAGCUGUUGACUACUUUUGGAAACGUGGCCACAGAAAUAUUACUGUAUUUGUUCCACAGUGGAGAACAAGACGUGAUCCUUUCAUUACAGAGCAGGAUUUCUUAACACAGCUCCAGGAUGUUGGAAUAUUGUCUUUAACCCCUGCGAGAAUGGUUUUAGGAGCAAGAAUUGCUGCUCACGAUGACAGAUUUUUAUUACACCUUGCUGAUAAAACUGGAGGUGUUAUUGUGACUAAUGAUAACUUCAGAGAAUUUGUGACAGAAUCACUUGCCUGGAGAGAAAUUAUUCAAAAAAGGUUGCUCCAGUACACUUUUGCUGGUGACAUAUUUAUGGUUCCUGAUGAUCCUUUGGGAAGAAAUGGACCUAGAUUAGAUGACUUCCUUCGAAAUGAAGGCUCUUCUAGAGAUUUUAGGUCAGCACAGAAGGCUUUACAGAGCAGUGGACAAUAUUCUUCUGAGAUGCCUCUCUUCGUGCCAGUCCCCAAACCAACUGGUAGCAGUCAGCAGGCUAAGAACAGAGUACCUGGUGAUCAUUCAUCGCCACGGCCUCCGCUGGAGGCAGAGAUACAGGCUUGUCUGGCAAUUCCACCACAGAGAUCUCCCUCUGAAACAGUAGAGCUAAGAGAAGCCCUGAUUAAAAUUUUUCCUGAUCAUGAGCAAAGACAGAAGAUUAAUCAAAUACUAGCUGAUCAUCCAUUCAUGAGAGAUCUUAAUGCACUGUCUGCCAUGGUGCUUGACUGAAUAUUUUACAGGAUUUUUACAUCACAACUGAUCUAACUAACUUUGAAUAUCAAUGUGAAGAAAAAUGUUGCUCUGUUAUGUUACUUUGUGAAUAUUUAGAACCUAAUUUUAUUUGUAUAAACAAAGGUAUUUUUUGUGUAUGUUCUGUUGCUAAUAGAUGCCAGUUUUCGGUAAAUUAAAAACUUGCUACUACAGAUUUGUAGUAAUAUUUUCUAUGAAAAAACGUAUCUUCAGCUUCACUUGAAUUGCUUAUUAAAGCAGUAGCAGUUCUAGAGACCUGUUAAGUUUAAAUAGUGUUUGCACUUUUUAAAAACUCCUUUCCUCAAAAAGGAAAAUUCAUGUCAGGGGUUUAAAAGUGACUCUUGCAGCUUCAUAUAUAUUUUCCAGAUGCAUGCAUAACAUACUAUAACCCAAGCCAUGCACCUGUCAGAUAUCUUUAUUGGUGUUUGUAUCUAGAGCACAGAUGUCUUAGAAAACCUAUGCUCUACUUGUACCUCCUUCACUUAAGAACUUUGAAAUAAUUCUGCAUGGAAAUAGACCAGACCCUUUUAAUAUUUUCAGGUACAAAGACUUGUACAUACUGUAUAUGUGAACUUGCUUUCUUUAGUCCUGAAUCGUGGGGUUUGGAAAUAGGCCACAUUCCUACAGGUCAGUGGACAGCAGUUUGAAGAUCCGUGUAUGGGAGCGGUGGCUGUUCGGUGCAUUGUUGAAGGGCUGUCACAAGGUGGCAUUAUGCAUCUGUUCUAAUGAUCAACGAGAAGGCUUCUGACACAUUCUGAAGUGCUGGUUCUUACACAAAGAUUAAAUGCAAAAUAGGUGACAGGAAUUGUAAAUGUGUUGUGGAUAAAAUUGUGUAUUUUAUGAAUGACUUAAGGAUACUAAGUAACCUGAUAAUAGGAGUGGCUAAGAAGCUUUGUAUAUACAGGUAAAAUCUUGGUGACCAUGGACCAUGAAAGCAAAGCAAGAAAAUCCAUUUGCCUGUUCAUUCAGGUUGAGAUGCUGUGCUGGAGUAGUUAGGAGAGGGCAGCUUUCCAUUAGAAAGUGUAAAUUCACAGCUCUUCUUGACAGCAGAUAUUUGUAAUGCUUUAAAAGACCUGUGAUAGCUACGUUUGUUUUUAAAUUGAAAAUUAUUUUGAUCAUCAAUGCUCCUCUAGAAUAAUGUUCAUAUUUUUACAAUCUGCA